CUAAAGAACUUCACUAUAACCAAUUAGUGAAUAAUUAAAAUCUCACAACGAACGCCUGCACAAGUGGCUUAUCGACAAAGGAUGACAGCCUCCGGCGCAAGACAAGUGGACAGUUGGAGCGAUUUGCAGACAGGACACUGUUUCCAAUAUAGUUUCUACGAGCUAAAGGU